GGCAAUGACCCAGUAUCUACGUUACACGCGUAUUAUACGCCGUAGCAUCCGAAAUUCGCAUACACCAGAACCCUUCGGAAAAGCGGUCAAUGGCAAUGGCUGUGGAGGAUAAUGAUGGUCGCAGUUUGUCUGAAUGGAUCGCCGAAGCAAGCGCGUUCUUGAAUGAAGCUGUGAAGCCCUUAAAAGAAACCCAGACUUUGUCAACCUCUCAAAUACGGUCCCUUGUUCCUUCAUCAUAUACUGCACGACAUACCGACUCUGAUCUGCAUACCAUUACAUUGUACGCCCUCCGUCUUCUGUCAAACAUCCAGGUCGCUUCUAAGGCGACUCCGGUGCCGAGCCCCGGUGCCAUGACCCUUGGGAUGCGCGACUUGACGAUACUAUACAAGCUUUUCGACUUUCUCAUCAUAUACUGUCUUUAUCCCUGUUUGACAAUAGGCGUUGGUGUAUCGCUCCGAAAACGUUUGAACCACGCCUUCGGCGGCAAACAGCAUGCUCCAGCCAUAGAGAAAGGUGAAGGCAAGCCUGAUAUUCUUGAGGCAAUAUUAACGGGUAUCCUCAAUCUACAAAAGGAAGGAGGUGAUGUUGGAACUCUCAUUGGCGUCAGGAGCAAAUAUAUGCUGGAUGUUCUGGCAGGUUGUGGAGAAUUGGCAUUCAAUCCAGCAGUCUCGGAGACGGAAAAAGCUCAGUGGACAGCAAAAUUCAAUGAAAUGCUGGAAAGCCUGGAUGCGCAGGCGCUUAUCACCAUGCUCACUUCCCUUCUCCACACACAAUGUCCGACCUGGUUUCGCACCGUGCUGGCAGAGAAACUUUCGAUGGUCAGCGUACGACCCCGUGGAGACGGUGUCCAAAGUGUUGUGUCGUUUGUCUUGGGACUUCGUACAGGUGAAGACGUUUCACUUGAAAAGGUCACACGGGCUGCCAAGCUGAUAUGUGCGAUUCCAAAAACUAUGUCAGGUGAUGAUUACUACGGCAUAGUCUGCCCGCAGUUGUUGGGCAUGCUGGAUCUGCCCGGUGACAAGACACCUAUGCCUCGUGUCAGUGCUCAGAUAAUAGCUCAACUCAACAGUACAGUUCCUGAGGUCGCCCGACGGUACAUCAUUCAGCCAGUACAUCAACCCUUGCUCGCCCCUGCAAGUGAAGAAUCACUGCGAAAAUCAAUAUCUCGACUAACUGUAUUAGUUGUCAACCCCGACUUUGUCUUAACAGAGAAGUUGAUUCGGCCAGUUUUGUUACCACUAUGGGGCUUGCUGCUAUACGCUUACAAGACGAACCGGUCAACAUGGCAAGAGCAGGCUCAAUCGUUGAUACUGGUGCAUGUCAAAACUACAGGAGGUGCGAAGGCCAUUGUACGCUUACUGCAAAAUAUCACGUAUGUCUCGGGGCCUACCUGGGAGUUUGGUCCUGGUUCAGAGGGUGGCAUUAACAUCCGUCCUGCCACUAUCCAGCGAGAAGUAGGCAUGGACGAGAUUGAUGGGCGGGUUGAAGCAGCAUUGGAUCUCCUGAAGGGUGUUGAAACUGUCGAAGGGCUCAUGAGUGAAGUACUCCUUGCUCUGCUUCGUCUGUGGCUUAGUGCAGGCGAGGAAUCUGGCUCUUCUGAUCCAGUAGCGAUGGUCGCAACUUUGCGACUUCUACAGGAGACGCUUGACAGAUUCGGCGAAUCUGCUCUGAAGAAGCCAAGGCAGAUUAUUGAGCUGGUGAAAGGUGUAUUGGACGAGUUUGUCGAGAAGAUCAAAGCGUCUCGCAGGCAGUCCAGUCCGGCUACAGCAGCUCCCGGCUUGGCAGGACUCGGCAGCAUUGUACAGGGCCAAGACUCAGACGACGAGGAUGAGGACAAGGAAGGUGACGGUCAAGAAGGAGACUCUGAUACUGUCGGACUUGCGAUCAGUUUGCUAACUGCCAUCCUGGGUGAGAGCGAAGAUUUAUCGGCAGAAGAGGUUCGUUUGUUGGGCACGACCAAAUCUUCUCUCGACUUCAUCUCGCGGAACUAUCCGAAUCCAUUGCUUGCAGCCCCUGCCUUGAACUUGAAGACGUUGAUCGCUGCACGUACAUCAGUGUCCGAUGAUGUGGAAUCUACAUUGACUACUGAGAAGACAUCGGUGGAAAAAUAUGCUGAAGGCUUGCAAUUACUACAAGAUCCGCUUGUUCCGGUUCGCGCACAUGGUAUGCAAAUACUUCGUGACCUUGUCGAUGUCGCCGAUCCUGUCGUUGAUGUUAAUGCGGUCCUGAGCAUGUUUACCAACCUUGUCCGUGAUGAGGACAGUUUCAUUUACCUGAAUGCAAUCAAAGGAUUGUCAGCAUUGACAUACAGAUACGGGAUAGAAAUAACAAGGCAUCUACUCCAGGCGUAUGCCGAGAGUUCGGAAAAGUGGACAGUUGAUGCGCGGCUGCGGGUUGGUGAAGCUCUGUUGCGGACGAUACAGGGGUUAGGUGCUGCUCUCGUAGGUGAUGCGGCAACGGACAUUGCACGCGUACUCUUGGACGUCAGCGCAAGGCGGAAGGAGAUAGUCGAAGACGUUCGCCUUCGUGCAUCGGCUCUUAGUAUCCUGGGCAUGGCCGUGGAAACAAAUGCAACUGGUAUGGGUCAAUGGUGUGCACGAGCAAUUGAAGGUGCAUUGGCGAUCCUGCAGCUCGAAAGAAACGAAGACGCAGUUACUGUACGGCGUGCGUCUGUGGUCCUGAUAGCCGGGGUUUUGAAGGGUAUCGCUGCAGUCGCUGAGUUCCCUGCGGAACAUCUAAAAGACAUGCAGCGCAUUAUCACGUACGUGGAAGCUACAGACUCGGAUGAACUGGUUAGAGUCCAGGCAAGAGGGGUAUUGAACAUACUCCAUGACAUGAUCUCUGGGGAGUUCAGGUUGGAGGAGUCCGCGAGUGUUUUGCGUAUCUGAUAUUUUUGGGAUGCAUCGAACUCGGCCUGCCCGCAGGACGUGUUACUCUUCCAUCUUGGUAUCUUUCUCUCCUUCUGGUGCCGCCGCUACCCAC